AUGAUAGGAGUCAAGCUGUCGGGCUCAAAACGAGCAAUGGCCAUGCGGAGUCCCUUCUCAAAGGCCCUCUUGGCCGCCCUGUGCAUGCUGCUCGCCCUCAUGGCCAUGAUGCACACCGAAACCGUCGUCCCCGUCCGCGCCCAUCUCUUUGGAAAGGCUGCCAUCAAAUCUUCCCUGACCCAGCAGCAGCGGCCCCUCGAGCCUCACACGCCUCCUUUUCCUCAAGGCCCCUCGGACGCUGCCGAAAAGACCCCCGAUCCCGCUCACAUCAUGAACUGCAGCGUCGACACGCCCCAUCUCUCCGAGAUCAAGCAGCGCUACGGCCUCGAAGAUAAGUUCAGCUACAUGAAGCGCUACGUUCGCUUCACCCGCAGGCAGGGCCUCGACCGCAAGAGCAUCACCAAGCUGCCCCAGAACCUGCUGCCCUCGACGUCCCUCAAGACUGUCGACGUCAACCAGCACUAUGCCAGCGACGUCUGCGCCGAACCCCUCGACGUCCAAGUCCCUGCAUCGGGCCUGCCCUCGACCGUCAACGCCUCCGACUUCAUGUUCGGGGUCUCCACCACCUAUCAACGCUUUAUGGACUCGGCGACGACCCCCAUUAACGAGUGGAUGUUUUGGCUCACCGACGGCCGCGGCCACUCCAACGGCGGCAAGCUGCUACUCAUGCUCUUAGACGCCAGCGACAACGAGCUCCAGGAGGUGGCUAACCUCCUCGGCGACGUGGGCAUCGAUGUCGACGUCUAUCACUCCGACUCGGCCGUCGAGAUGGCCGUCCGCUACCUGACGCUGGUGCCCACGCUGUACACGCACGCCGAUGCACACAAGAAGAAGUGGCUCGUGACGUGCGACGACGACACCUUUUUCCCGAGCAUGCACGCCCUCAUCAACAGGAUUAACGGCUACGACCACACGAGGGAAAUGUAUAUUGGCACCCUCUCCGAGGACGUCGGCGCCGUCGAGCGCCAUGGCUCCCAGGCCUUUGGCGGCGCCGGGGUCUUUCUGUCGGUCCCCAUGGCCCAAAACAUUACCGAGCGUUACAGCAGCUGCAGCACCGAGCAAAAGGUGCUUGAGUCCAACUCGGGCUGGGGCCCGCAAGGCGACAUCCUCCUCCGCAAAUGCAUCUACGAAAACACGGAGACGCGCCUGACCACCGUUUGGGACCUCUGGCAACUCGACUUUUAUGGCGAGCCCGCCGGCUUCUAUGAGUGGGGGAUCAAGCCUCUGUCCCUGCACCACUACCGAGGCGGCGGCUGGCAUAAGGCCAAGCCCGGCCAGUUUACCAAGAUUGCCCAGACGUGCGGCGAGGAUUGCACCCUGCAAAGGUUCCAGACGGCCGACAACUUCAUCAUUUCGGGCUACUCCAUUGCCCACUACCCGCAAGGCAUUACCUUUGACACCAACCAGAUGGAGUCAACGCUGUGGGCCGCGCCGGAAAACAAGGGCUGGAACCUCGACUUUAUGUUUGGGCCCCAGCGGCCGGCUCUUGAGAAGACGGGCCGCAAGAUUGCCUGGGAACUACAAGAGUCCGAGGUUCGGUCUGACGGCUCCGUGAUGCAGACGUAUACACGCAAGAGGAACGACCCUCGCUGGGUCAACAAGGAUGGCCUUCCAAUGAGCAACAUUGAUGGCAUCUUUGAACUGGUCUGGAUCCCAUCAUAG